UGAGAACAUAUCGGAUGGAUUCCUUAUCCAAUGGCAUUAGCCCUAAAAUCCGGUUGAGCGUGAUUUCAAUAUUUUGUAGCUCAUUUCUGUUCGCGCUGAAGAACAAGUAACCCUUUUCAUAAUCAUUUUCAAACGAAGAACAAUGCACCAUUUCCAUGAACACCAAAUUGCGUAGCGAACGCCAUUAACGAGCAUGUUUUCAUCUGAAUUGCUCUCUCAGAGCCUCCAUUUCAUCAACCCAUUGUCGAAUCCCACAAUUCCUCAAUCACAUUCCAGCUCCUUCACUCGCAGAUUUCCAAACAAAACCCAUCUAAGGAAUGGCGCAUCUUCUGCAGAAACCAGGGAACCCCAUGACCCGAUUCUUGAUAACAGAGAGACCCAUUUGAUGAAACUCCUCAACAGAUCCUGCAGAGCUGGGAAGCAUAACGAGUCGCUCUAUUUUCUUGAAAGCGUGGUGAGUAAAGGCUUAAAACCUGAUGUUGUUCUUUGUACGAAGCUCAUUAAAGGGUUCUUUAAUUCGAGGAAUUUAAAGAAAGCUAUGAGGGUUAUGGAGAUUUUGGAAACUUAUGGUGACCCUGAUGUUUAUUCUUACAAUGCUAUGAUUAGUGGGUUUAGUAAAGCUAACCAAAUUGAAUCUGCAAACAAGGUGUUUGAUAGAAUGCGCAGGAGGGGAUUUUCCCCUGAUGUUGUUACUUAUAAUAUAUUGAUAGGGAGUUUGUGUAGUAGGGGGAAGCUUGAGCUUGCUUAUGAAGUUCUAGAUGAGCUUUUGAAGGAUGGAUGUGAGCCAUCUGUGAUUACUUACACAAUUCUUAUAGAAGCAACCAUUCUUGAAGGUAGAAUCAAGGAAGCUCUUAAGCUGUUAGAUGAGCUUCUGUCGAGGGGCCUCCGUCCCGAUCGGUACACGUACAAUGCCAUCAUUAGGGGUAUUUGUAAGGAAGGAAUGGAGGAUCAAGCUGUGGAAUUCGUUAGGGAUUUAUUAGCUAGAGGGUGUAAUCCAGAUGUGAUAUCAUACAACAUUCUGCUGCGUUCUUUACUUAACAAAAGCAGGUGGGGAGAUGGGGAGAGGCUUAUGAAAGACAUGGUUUCAAGUGGGUGUGAGCCGAACAUCGUUACUCAUAGCAUUUUGAUUAGUUCAUUGUGUCGUGAAGGUCGAGUCGAGGAAGCCGUGAAUGUGUUAAAGGUAAUGAAGGAGAAAGGGUUAACCCCGGAUGCAUAUAGCUAUGAUCCUUUGAUAUCUGCCUUCUGCAAAGAAGGCAGAUUAGAUUUAGCCAUCGAGUAUUUGCAUAAAAUGGUGUCUGAUGGUUGCUUGCCUGAUAUUGUAAACUACAAUUCAAUCUUAGCUACUCUUUGUAAAUUUGGUAGUGCUGAUCUUGCUUUAAACAUCUUCGAAAAGCUUGAUGAAGUGGGCUGCCCUCCAAAUGUGAGCUCCUACAACACAAUGUUCAGUGCACUUUGGAGCUAUGGGAAUAAGAUCAAGGCUCUGGAGAUGAUAUCAGAGAUGAUAGGAAAAGGGAUCGACGCCGACGAGAUAACGUACAAUUCACUGAUCUCGUGUUUGUGUCGGGACGGGUUGGUCGAUGAGGCUAUCGGAUUGUUGGUAGACAUGGAAGCUACUAGCUUCCAACCAACAGUGAUCAGUUUCAACAUUGUUCUUCUAGGAUUGUGUAAAGCACACAGGGUUUUUGAAGGCAUUGAGCUGCUAACAACAAUGGUGGAGAAGGGUUGCCAACCGAACGAAACUAGUUACGUGUUGUUGAUCGAGGGGAUCGCGUAUGCUGGGUGGCGAGUGGAGGCUAUGGAGUUGGCUAACUCUCUGUACAGAAUGGGAGUUAUUAGUGAGGAAUCAUCCAAGCGUUUGAACAAGAUAUUUCCCAUGCUUGAGGUUUAUAAAGGGCUAAGUUUAUGAGAAAGCAAGAACUGUGAUGUUGACUACAAAAUGUUAGCUUUUGGGCAUCUCUUGUGUAUUAAUUUGAAAGGAAAAAUGAUGCUGAUUUUGUUUUUGUUGAGCGCAGUGAGUUAGAAAGCAAUGGAAGCAAUAUUUGGAUAAUU